UCUCCGGUUUUCAUUUUAGAUGGCAACUUGAGUGGAAUGUAUUGCGAUUAUUUUCUGCCGUCGGAGCAACAGCAGCAGCAGCAACAUUAUCAUCCCAGCGCAGGAGGAAGAGGAAUGCCGAAAAAAUCGGAACCGGGUGAGUUCAGCGGACCGGGAAGUCGUAGUAAAAAGAUGAACAAGCUGGAUGCUGGCGGAGGACCAGGCCAGCAACACCAGCAGGGAGGACCCGGAGCGGAUAGUGAUUUGAUGAGUAGUUUUGGGCUGAAAGACGACGGUUCCCAGAUUAUGAAAGGAGGUCCUGGUAACGGAUCCGGAAUGAACAAAAACGCUGAUCCAUGCAGCAUCAAUAGCAGUGUGGCCAACAGUGGACCUGGUAUAGAUACUAUGUCAAAAGUAGGACCAGGCAUGGGCAUGGAUGGACAUCCGGAUGUGGGAAAAAUGAACCAAGGACUGCCAGGAAUGAUGUCAAACAAACCAUCGAAUAAACUGGAAUAUACACAACAGCAAAGUCAGAUCUUUGUGUUUAGCACGGCAUUGGCCAAUAAAGGAGCGGAAGCUGUAAUGAGCGGCCAGUUCAACUCGAUUAUUGCAUAUCAUUGUGCACAGAUGCAAAAGCAGAAUCGACUAGGUCCUUGUGGGCCAGAGGAUGGCGUUUCCGGGGCCAUGUCCCCGUGGAUGGACCAUGGACACGGAUCUCCGGAUCAUCACAUGCGAAUGAAUCCAGGACCGGGUCCUGGGAUGCCACCGGAUGGAGUAAAAAAAUCUGCCACAAUACACCAUACUCCCAAUUCUUGCCUGGAAAACGAUAAUUCUGUGCCAAUGUUCCCAAACGACCAUCACAUGCGAAUGGGUCCUGGAGGGCCGGAAGGUGGCCCAAUGGGAGGCAAAAAACCAGCAACAAUCCACCACACGCCUAAUCCUUGCAUGGAUCAGGACGGCUCACUUCCCAUGUACCCAAACGACGGCCAUCACAUGCGGAUGCCGGGACCCGAUGGAAUGAGUAAACCCUCGACGAUUCAUCACACUCCAAACUCCUGCAUGGACGGACCAGACCCAAAUGAAAACCAUCCCGGUGGACCCGGUGGUCAUCCUCCGGUAAUAAAAAUGGAAAAUCCAUCGCCCGGUGGUCCAGGAGGACCAGGACCUGGACCCGGGCCCGGCAGCGGUGGCGGUGGACACUCCAGCUCAACAAUUAUCGAUCAAAUGAACUCACUGGUAGCUUCCUUACCGCUGAUGAAGGGCGGCAACGUACUGUCCCAAUCGCGCGGCCAACCGCAGCCCUCGUUGCAGGGCGUCAAAGUUCCCGACGAAAACCUCACACCCCAACAGCGGCAGCACCGGGAACAGCAGCUGGCCACGAUCCGGCAGAUGCAGAAAAUGUUCUUCCCCGAGCAGCGGGCCAUGAUGGAUCCGCACGGUAUGGGCAUGCGAGCGCCGUUCCGCGGUGGCAUGGGUGGACCAGAUUUCGGAGGAGGACCCAUGAACAGGCCACUGAAUCCAGCGUUCAUGAAUACCCCGCUAGGAGCGAACGGCCCUAUGGGACCUGAUGGGCCAGGACUCGGACCGGGAAUGAUCAAUGAACAGAUUCCCCCAAUGCAAUACAACAAACCGGGCAUGAUGAAUCCCGGCAUGUACAUGGGUGGUCCCGGAGGUGGCCCCAUGGGACCAAUGGGAGGUCCGAUGGGUCCUGGUGGUGGCCCGAUGGGACCGGGAAUGGGUCCAAUGGGACCAGGAGGACCCGGAGGUCCCAUGAAUCGCAUGUACAAACCCGACCCAGAUCCGAUCUUUCCACCGAUGGGAGAAAUGGGUGGCGGAUACAAUAUGAGCAAUCACGGUGGUUCCGGACCAGGUCCGGGUAUGUUCAACCCCAAUAUGCAACGAAUGGGUAUGGCAGGUGGUCCCGGACCGGGAGGACCUGGCGGCCCGAAUAUGAUGGCAAAAAUGCCAGAUCAAGGUGGCCCGUUGCCCCAAUCGCCGCUAGUGGAUGAUGUUGAUCCUCUUAAGGCAGGGCCCCAUCAAAUGAUGCUUCCCAACGCUCCACCUCAACAAUCAGUCACCCCGGGCGCCAACGGCCCCGGUAGCAAUGGGACGGCCAACUCGCAAAAUCCUCAGAAUCCAUCAAACAAUGGCAAAUCGAAAGAGCAAUCUGUUUCCCCAGAACACCACAUGCAGCAGCAACAGCAGGGCGGACCCGGAAGCCAACAGGGUCCACCGACGCCCCAAACGCCGCAGGGAGGACUUCCGACGCCCGGCGGAGCAGGAGGUCCACUUACCCCGCAGACGUCAAUGGCGAGCACUUAAGGGUGAGUCUCUUGUUUCUUUCGUUAACUCGAAAUUGUGUUUUAAAUCUGCCUUAUGACAAAAAAAAAAAACAAAACAAGCAAACAAACAAAAAUCGGAAACAACCGAAACUGAGAGAUUGCGCGAAACAAAAAUUAAUAUCAACUGUUUAGCAAGAGACAAGUUUUUCGCGCGACAGAAUGAAUAGAAUAAAACAAAUCUAGUUAAGUGUAAAACCGUGGCUAGACAAAAAAAAAAGAAACAGAUUUAUUCAGAUUUGUAAGGAAAACGAAAAUGAAGCUCUUGUAUGUUUUCUUCCCUCCCUUUCACCAAAUCCACGAGUAGGAUUUUGCUUCCUUUUGUUUCCCAAAGGGCUGCCUGUAGCUUUGAGACUCGUACGCUAUACAGUCUUCCGAUAGAAAAACGAUUACUCAAUUGACUAUCCCCGUAAUAUGCUAAUGAUUUCAUUGUCUAUUCUUCUGAAACUCUUUUAUACUUUUAUAUUUCAAUUUGAUCUUUUCAAAUCGGUUAGCCUUUGUAGAAUUCUUUAUUCUUCUGUUUGAAAUUUGACUAGAACAGAUUAGAUUUUUUUUUACAAAUUGAUAGUGUACGAUUCUCUAAUAGGCACUUCUCAUUGCUUAGCUUUUAACUAAAAGAGAUAAUCAAGUAUAAGUCAAUUACUAUUUCUGGUACUGCGUAACAGUUUCACACACUCGAAGGUAGACAUGAUUUUGUUUUUAUUUUUACCCUAAAAAUAACUCUUGUAAACCUCAUUUCUCAAUCAGAGCUUCGUGGUAGCUUAAAAAUAUAAUUUCAUUGUGAUGCAGAUGAUUAUCUCUCUUGGAUGAAAAGCUGUUUCAAAUCAAAACCUCCCAUUUAGGAAAACAAAACGACACCGAAAGAUGUGUUUUCAGAACAAGGAAAACGCAUCCAUAAAAUAAAAUAUGGAAAACAAACUUUCCCAACAAUCAGAUUGUGUAGAGACACCCGUUGAUUCCUUAUUGUUUGCUGGAGUUUCUUUUUUCCUCCCUCCGUAUCUUCUGUUAAUCGAUGACUGUCGGUUAACGAAUGAUUGGUCACGCGUAACCCUUUUCUUCAUUCAUGGACCUGCGUCUUUUGUCGAAAAUCUUUCUUUCGUUCUUGAGUAUACUUGUAAGACUAACACACGUACACACAACAACAACACACACACACAUACAGAAAGAUAAGAAUAAUAACAGUUAAAUAAUAAAAUAAAACGUGUAAUAAUUUUAAA